ACUGUUUCAUUUGAUUAAUCAAACCAUUAAUCAAAUUAAUCUUCUCUUCUUCCUUUAAAUCUAACAUUUCUGUAAUAAACUAAAAACCAAACAACCUUAUUAAUCAAAAAAACCAAACAGAAGAGAAGAGCCUGUCUUCUGCUUCUGUUUCUUCAUUAAUGGCUUCCCUCUCAAACCUUGUCAACAGACCCACUUACCCUCGUCACUCUCUCCCAAAAUCAUUCACUACCCAGUUCGCCUCUCCUGUUAAAAUAUCAUUCUCUCAAAAAAAACGAGCAGUUCGUGUCCGGGCCGGGUUGAUUGAACCCGACGGCGGGAAGCUCGUCCAACUGUUUGUUGAAAAGUCUGAGAGAGAUGUUAAAAGAAAAGAGGCGAUUUCGUUGCCUAAAGUUAAGUUGACGAAGAUUGAUCUUCAAUGGGUUCAUGUUUUAAGCGAAGGUUGGGCUAGUCCCCUCGCCGGAUUCAUGAGAGAAUCCGAGUUCCUCCAAACUCUUCAUUUUAACUGUCUCCGUCUUGAUGACGGGUCGGUUGUUAAUAUGUCUGUUCCGAUUGCGCUUGCUAUUGAUGAUCUGAUGAAGCAGCGGAUCGGUGAGUCGAAACGGGUCGCUCUUGUUGACUCGGAUGAUAACACUGUCGCCAUUCUGAAUGAUAUCGAGAUCUACAAGCACCCCAUAGAAGAACGGAUAGCAAGAACAUGGGGAACUACUGCCCCUGGUUUACCAUUUGUUGAAGAAUCUUUAGCUAAGUCUGGGAACUGGUUGAUUGGAGGCGACCUGGAGGUUAUAGAACCAAUCAAGUACCAUGACGGUCUUGAUCGUUUUCGGUUAUCACCUGCAGAACUCCGUCAGGAAUUCACCAAACGUAACGCGGAUGCUGUAUUUGCUUUUCAGCUCAGAAACCCUGUGCACAAUGGUCAUGCUUUACUAAUGACAGAUACUCGUAGGCGGCUUCUUGAGAUGGGCUAUAAGAACCCUGUCCUUCUGCUUCAUCCAUUGGGAGGCUUUACAAAGGCAGAUGAUGUUCCACUUAGUUGGCGAAUGAAACAACAUGAGAAGGUGCUUGAAGAUGGUGUACUUGAUCCUGAGACAACUGUGGUUUCUAUAUUCCCAUCUCCCAUGCACUAUGCAGGUCCGACUGAGGUUCAGUGGCAUGCAAAAGCUCGGAUAAAUGCAGGAGCUAACUUUUACAUUGUUGGUCGGGAUCCUGCUGGAAUGGGUCAUCCCGUUGAGAAAAGAGACUUGUAUGAUGCUGACCAUGGAAAGAAGGUGCUGAGUAUGGCUCCAGGACUGGAGCGGCUUAAUAUUCUUCCUUUCAAGGUUGCUGCAUAUGACAAGACUCAGGGUAAAAUGGCAUUUUUUGAUCCCACAAGGGCUCAGGACUUUGUUUUCAUAUCCGGCACAAAGAUGCGAACACUUGCAAAGACCAAAGAGAGUCCUCCUGACGGAUUUAUGUGCCCUGGUGGCUGGAAAGUAUUGGUCGAUUACUACGACAGUGUUUCUCCUAUCGACAGUGGCAAAAUACCUGAACCUGUUCCCGCUUAGACGGACUUGCUUGUACCAUAAUGUAACGUUAUCUGAUUGGGAGAAACUUUAAAAUCUUAAUUUUAUCUCCACUGUGGUGAAAUUAUUGUAAAAAUUGCUUUCGGAUCUACAAUAAAAGCAUGGGGCACUGAUACAGGCACACAAAACUUGCCUCAAUAUGUAAUUAGGUCUGGGAUUUUUCAUUUGGUGCCCUCGUGUGCUGGCGCCUCUGUAUUACACUGUGAUAUGUUUCUAUUGAAGGAUUUAGACUGUUGGGGUGUUUAUUUUAA